AUGGACGCGCUCGACGCGCGCGUCGAGGACGGCGUCGCGUUGACGCAAAUCGCGCUCAACGGGAACGGGAAGCUCCUCUUCAACGACCGCCCGAGCCGCGCGCACGUCGUCGCGCUGUGCGACGCGCUCGCGACCGACGACGUCGUGGAGAGGCUGGACUUGUCGUACAACUUCAUCGACGACGACGGCGCGGUCGCGAUCGCGAGGAUGCUGCGGAGGAACCGCACGCUCACCGAGCUGGAUUUGCGAGGGAACGACGUCGGACCGGCGGGCGCUGCCGCGCUGGCGGAAGCGCUCGCGGGGGUGCCGUGGGUGGAGGAGGAGGAGGAGGAGGAGGAGGGUGCCGAGGGUGCCGACGACGCGGUGGAAGAGGACGGCGCGGAAGAAGAACCGGCCGCCGAGGCGGCGGCGGCGGACGAGAACGAGGACCCCGCGGCUGCGGCGGCGGCGGCUGAAGCGGAACCGCCCGCGAAACCGUCGCCGCCGCCGGUCGCCGGCUGCUCGCUCGUGACCCUGAACCUCGCCGGGAACCCCCUCGGCGUGGACGGCGGCGUCGCGAUCGGCGAGUCGCUCCGUUCGAACACCACGCUGAUCGACCUCAACCUGAACGACUGCUCGCUCGACGCGAAGGCGUUGAUCGCCGUGCUCACCGCGGUGAACGAGUCCAACGCGACGCUGCGACGUUUAUCGCUCGAGAACCCGCGGAUAUUCAGCGAACAAGAGGAGCACGCGUGGCACGCCGCGCGCAUGCUCGCGGUGAAUAAAACGCUGAAGAGCCUGAGAUGCGGGAAAUGGAAAAUCUACUCCACCGGCGUGGAGGUUCUCGCCGGGUACGGCGUCUGCGUGAACGAAUCCUUGGAAGUCCUCGACCUUCGGUGUAACAAAAUUUGCGAAGUCGGCGGCGCGUUCCUCGCGCGUAUCAUACGCGACAACGAAGGCCUGCGACGGAUCGGGCUCGACGCGAACGCGCUGAGGGACAACGGCGCGAUCGCGAUCGCGGACGCGAUGCCGGAGUGCGCGUCCGUCGCCGAGUUCGAUCUGCGGUCGAACGGGAUCGAAGACGCAGGGCUCUGCGCGCUCGCGAGGGGCGUCGCCGGCAUGCCGAGCCCGCCGGCGGAGGUUUUGUUGUGGGGGAAUCACUUCGCGGAGGCGUCGAGCAUCGCGUGGAGGGACGUUUUGGAGUAUCACGACAUCGUAACGGACGUGACGUUUCGGGUCGUGGACGGGGAGCUGCAGGCCGCGCGGGUGGAGCCGCCGGCGCCGAGUCGCGAGAGCUGGGGGUUGACGUGA